AUGGCGAAGCCGCAGGGCGCUAUCCGGCAAAAGCGUAAGUCGCGAGGUCGCGGGCUCCGUGCGACCACUGGUUGUCUAAUCUGCAAGAGGCGGCAUGUCAAGUGCGAUGAGGUUCAGCCACAAUGUGGUCCCUGUGCUAAAGGCCAGCGCCCAUGUGUGUAUGCACCCCGGGAUUCACCGUACAUUCGUACAUCAACAGCAGAGGCGCAGGCGCCUGAAACUCCCACACACAUGGCGUUUUUAGAGCAAGUGAAGCGCCGAAGUUCUGUUCACGAACCGCUUCGAAUAUUAGUCGAUGCAUGUGAUCAAGAACAACCCAUCCAGGAUAGCCCACUCAUAGAAUCACAGCCCGCGGCCAGCACGAUCCUCCCUGAAAACCCUGGGUCGGCAAGUGCGAUUGUUUCAUCAGCAAGGUCGCCGUAUGGUUAUGUUCCUUCUCCAGGGACAGAAAGUUCUUAUUCAUCACGAGCCGCGCCAUUGAGCUGGUUUGAACUCCUAGCGACGGACGCUGCAAAUGCCGACGAGAGGUUUCUCCUGUCUCCCCGCGAGAAAUUCCCUCGGAACAUGUCGCAACCCCAACUUGAUACUGGUGAAGACCCACGUAAUAGUUAUAAUUUACAGCCUCGAACACUUCGGGAAAGUCAAAGCUUCAAUGCAGCUGCAUUUCCACAGCAUCCGGAAAUUACGCAGCGACUGGUUUCACAACCCUCGGAGGUUGAACCGAUGGUAUCAAGUGCACCAUCUGGAUGGAGUCAAACAUUCGCAAUUGAACUAUCACCCCUGGAACAUUAUUUGUUCCAGCACUUUGUGCGUGUUUCAAGCAAGUGGUUGGACUUCUAUGACCCGGAGCAACAUUUUGCUUCUACCGUUCCACACCUAGCCCUUCGGAAUGUUGGGCUGAUGAGAGCCUUGUUGGCCCUUUCCGCACGCCAUCACUCCCUUCUAGAACUUGAGUCAGAUCACUCAAGUCCUGUGUUUGUCGGAAACAAGCAUGUUUCUCCACUUCAGGGGGCUAUCAUCGACCGCAAUCUGGCUGUCCAGUUCUACUACGAGUCCCUCCAUUACUUGAACCAAGAUAUGCAAAAUUCUUCCUACGCUCGCAGCCAUGAACUGAUAGCAACUGCCCUGCUUAUCAGCACCUACGAAAUGAUCGAUGGAUCGAAUCAGGACUGGGAAAGACACUUGAAAGGCGUGUUCUGGAUCCAGCGGUUCCAGAAUAACGACGGCGAGUCAGGAGGAAUCCGAUCGGCCGUCUGGUGGGCUUGGCUUCGACAGGAUGUGUGGGUCGCUAUGCGCGAGCGUCGUCGAGUCUUCAGCUUCUGGAGCCCCAAGAAGCCUGUGUCAAUACUUACUGCCUCUGAACUCGCAAUGCGAGCUACAUAUCUGCUCGCGCAAUGUGUCAACUACGCGUCGAAGGAAGAGGAGAAAGCUUCAGAUAUAGAGCGUCGUUUGGACCGCGGGAGCGAGCUGCUUUUCAUGCUACAGGAAUGGCAUGAUCAUCUCCCACCGGAAUAUAGUCCCCUCCCCAUCAUAUCUACCACUGAAAUAUUCCCUCCAAUAUGGGUCUAUCCGGCACCCUACGCAGGAGCAUUGCAAAUCCAUAGCCUUGCCCGAAUCCUAGUGGUCUUACACAGGCCAUCUUCGGGGGGCCUUGAUGAUUUCAGGGCCGCACAGAAGCUUUUGACAAUGUCUGUUAACACCAUUUGCGGAAUUGCGCGAUCGGUGGAUAGCCAAGAUCAUCCAGCGAACAUAGUCUCUCUGCAUGCUCUUUUUGGAGCUGGAAUGUGUGUUUACACUCCCCAUGAACGCUUGGCUCUCUUGGACCUGCUAGAGUCUUGUCAGCGCACGGUUCGCUGGCCUUUGGCAUCACUAAGAAAGGAACUUGAGCUUGAAUAUGAGAAGGACGCAACUCAUUAUUCAAUGAGAUGA